CUUUGCCUAUGAACACUGGAGCCCGGAGCGAACGAAGAGUAUCUGCCCGCGCCAAGUGCUCUGCCGGAUGCCGCCAGCCUUUGAGGCUUGCUCGCUCGUCGGAUCUAGCUCGUGGCUCGACAGCAACACAGCCGACUUACCGGCAGCACUGACAAAAGCAACACCUUCUUUCCUCAGCGCUUACGUCUGCAAUGCAUCUACAUUGUCUCGCUGCUUGGCGAGGCUUCUCUCUCAUGAGGCAAUUCAGAUCAUGCCUCCACGGUNAGCCUCUCGCNGCCCNAGCGAUCGNCNGCUGAUGUNNNAACAGCACUCCUGUCAAAUUACAUNUUGAGCAGUCGUGGAAGACGUGCUGGCCGUCUUUGGACUGGACGCUGUCGACUACUCAUCGCUCAAAGUGCGCCGAAGAGCUAUGCGAAUAUCAAAGAGCAUCUUUCAGUCGGUUGCUGCCUCAGUCAAGGUAGCGAGCCUAGAAAAUGCUCGAAUAUCCCCUAGUCUAUCUU